AUGUCGAUCAGCCGAUUCAACGCAUCUGUGAUAUCUGGUACGAACGAAAAUACGCUAGCUCUCUUUAACUUCAAUGUCGAUCUGUCUUUGGUCAAGCAGGAGGCUCCAAGUGAGUUCAAAGACCUAGGUCGCUCCUUGACUCGUCAACGUCGGGAAAUUGCGGAAGAUGGUUCUGUCCAUAGGACUGCCCGGCGUCUUGGUGCCGUCUUCGAGGAUAUCGCGCCACAUACUCCUCACUUAGUACGAGCAUAUGGAUCCAGAGUAUCAGAAAUAUCUAGGGAUAUCUCGAACGAAGGGCUCUUAUCUAAUCGAGGCGUUUUUGCUGAGUGCGCCGGCAUGGAUGGAACAUCUGUCUGGGCCGCAGCAACAUCUGGUAAAACAGCUAUUGCUGUUCACCUUCUGGCCUGUAUGCUCGCCCGAGCCUGGUCUAGUUCCCAAGCUACUUCCAUCUGGGUGGAGAUCGUUGAGGCUCGGCGGCAAGAAUUGCGAACACAGAUCAACGAUGGAAUUUACAAUGACUCUGCUCAAAUUGGCCUGGCGUUAUCUGCAGACCUCCGGCAAAAACAGCUUAUGCUCAUCAUCAACAAUGUGAACCUUCCAGUGAAUCAAGGGGCAACAUCCUUCGGAACAUAUGCACGUGCCAUUGAGGCCUGGAAAACAGCGACAGUAACCAUCGAGAAAGUUAUUCGAGGGCAACCGCACAAUGUCACGAAAGGGUCUGUUUUACUUGGCCUAGCUGCUUGGCACAUUUAUCCCAAUAUUCUGGUUUUGGGAGAUGUUCCCACCCCCGUCAACUUCAAUGAUCCCGUCGUGGAAGAGUCUGGUCGACUCACCAUUGGGCUGUCGAAUCCAGAUCCUGGCAAAGACGAGGGUGUUUACUGGUCUCUUUCGUUAUCGCACCUUCGCUUCUACGGAGAUCCGGUUAGGGUUACGAGUGUCACAACACGAGAUGCUUCUAGGCUAAACAUCGAUGAGUUCCAUCUUCUCGUUCUAGGCAGUAUACUUGCUGAUCGGGGGGGGCCUCUACACACCAUAUAUUCUCAAAGCAGCUGA